AUGAUAAUGUUUAGAAUGAACGACCGUGUGGUUGGGUCACUUGGUAAAUGUCAAAACUAUAAUUUGGCUCAAGGUGAGUAUGGUAAUGGAAUAUGGGAAGAGACAACGCAUCCACAAAAAUAA